AUGGCUGAUGAAGCAAUAGAUGAGGUUGAGGCUCACAACUAUGUCCUUCUUCUCAAAGAAUGCCGUGAAGAGCUCUCAAAGGCAGCAGGCCCAAACCGAAAGUUCUAUCUGACCAUUGCUUGUCCUGCCGGACCCGAGAAAGAGAAACUUAAGCUAGAAGAAAUGACGCCAUACCUGGACUUCUACAAUUUAAUGGCCUAUGACUUUACCGGCCCGUGGAGCGCCUUCGCUGGCCAUCAGGCGAAUUUAUUCGCAUCCGCCAGCAUGCCCUCUGCAACGCCAUGGAAUACUAAAGACGUAGUCGAGUACUAUAGAUCUGCUAAAGUGCCGGCAAACCGAAUAAUUCUAGGUAUGCCCUUGUACGGGCGCGAUUUCGCAAACACCAACGGCCCUGGGCGCCCAUUCUCAGGGUCUGGUCCGGGUAGUUGGCAGCCAGGUAUCUGGGACUACAAAGCGCUACCGAGGCCAGACGCAACGGAGAAAUACGAUAAAGAAGCUGGUGCCACCUACAGCAUCGAUGAGAAGGCUAAGAUGAUGGUCUCAUACGACACACCGGAUAUGGUAAUGAAGAAGACGGACUUCAUCACGCAGAACCAGCUGGGCGGCGCUAUGUGGUGGGAGAGCAGCGGGGAUAAAGGCGGGAAGACUGCUUCAAAGGAAGAAGGCAGUCUGAUCGGAACAUAUUUCGAGGAGAUCAAAAAAUUGGAUCACACUGCAAACAACCUCAACUACCCCGAGAGCAAAUACGACAACUUGGUUAACGGUUUCAAACCAGUCAGUUAA